AUUAUCACAUGAGAAGAAUAUUCAACCCACUGAUUUUCCACUUUAUUUGUCACAAUGAUUAGUAUUAAAAAAAAUCAUAUAUGUAUGUAUAUAUAUCUAUACAGUAUUCAAUUACCCAAUAAACUCUUACUUUCAACAAUAAUGGAACUUAGUUUAUCACUAUUUGGAUCCAUUAACGGCAUCAUUGCCGCACUUUUGGCCUUGUUCUACUUUCUGAGGCGGUCUACAUGGAUUCACAGCCCGAAAACCAGCACACGAAAAUCCCCGCCAGAAGUCGGCGGCGCACGGCUAUUCACAGGGCACCUCCACCUCUUGUCCCCCACCGGCGGGCUCCCCCACUUCAAACUGGCCAAUCUUUCAGUCACAUACGGGCCAAUCUUCACGAUUCGGCUGGGCGUGCAACGAGCCCUGGUGGUCAGCAGCUGGGAACUCGCCAAGAGCCUCUUCACUACCUUCGACGCUGCCAUCUCAUCCCGCCCGAAGCUGCGGGCCAGCAUGCAUCUGAGCCACAACUACGCCAUGUUCGGGUUCUCCCCGUACGGGCCCUUCUGGCGCCGGAUUCGUAAACUCAUCUCGUUCGAGCUGCUCUCUGCCCGGAGGCUCGAGAUGCAGACGGAGGUUCGCGGGUCAGAGACGGCAGAGUCUGUGGGUGAACUGUUCCGGGCCUGGGAGGAGAAAAAAGACGGGUCGGGUCGGGUUUUGGUGGACAUGAAGAGGUGGUUUGGUGACUUGAGCAUGAAUAUUGUGCUGAGGAUGGUGGUUGGUAAGAGGUUUAGUGGAAGUGGGGAGGAGACGGGGAGGUGGCAGGAGGUGAUGCGGGAUUUUUUCAAGCUGGCGGGGCAGUUUGUGGUGGCCGACGCCUUGCCUUAUCUCGGGUGGCUGGAUAUCGGUGGGUAUGAGAAAAGGAUGAAGGAAAAUGCGAGGGAGUUAGAUGGGAUUGUGCGGGGAUGGUUGGACGAGCACAGGCGUGGACAGGGGGAUUGUUCGCGGGAUUUUAUGGAUAUUAUGAUAUCGGUUUCUAGGGAAGCUCGCCUUCAUGGCGAAUAUGAUGAUGAUACCAUCAUAAAAGCUACAUGCGAGUCUCUGAUUUCGGGUGGGACGGACACGACCGUUGUGAUGUUGGUCUGGGCAUUUUCCCUCAUCCUCAACAAUCCUCAUGUCCUCAAAAAGGCUCAGGAAGAGCUCGACAAACAUGUUGGCAAGCAAAGACAAGUGGAAGAAUCAGACAUCCGCAAUCUGGUAUAUCUUCAAGCCAUAACCAAAGAGACCCUAAGGUUAUACCCUGCAGGCCCCCUUGGCGGCACCCGUGAGUUUUCCGAGGACUGCACAGUAGGAGGCUACCACAUACCCAAGGGAACGUGGCUAUUGGUGAAUUUAUGGAAGUUGCAUCGAGACCCGCACGUGUGGGGCCCCGAUGCCUUGGAAUUCAAGCCUGAGAGAUUUCUGAGCACUCACAAGAAUAUGGAUGUCCGGGGCUCGGAUUUCGAGCUGAUCCCAUUUGGCGCUGGCCGGAGGAUCUGCCCGGGCUACAACUUCGGCCUGCAGAUGAUGCAUUUCGUGUUGGCUAGGUUGUUGCACUCUUUUGACUUUUGGACGGUGGGCGAUGAGGGGAUUGAUAUGACGGAGAGUACUGGAUUGACCAUCAUGAAAGCCACGCCCCUCGAUGUACUUGUUGCUCCAAGGCUAUCUCCCACACUUUAUGUGUAGAGUAGAGUAGCUAUUUAAGUAAUAUAUUGUAUGUACGGGUUUCUAAUGUAUUUGAAUGAUGAUGUAUACUGUUUUAUCUCUUCGUUGAUUGUUGGGAAAUUCCGUCCUUGAUUUCACAUAUGGGUACUUGCCCAUACCAUUCGUGCAUUCAUAUGGGUUUUGUUUAGCACUUGAUUUCAC